UUGGAUACCACAACACUCGGUGUUUUGCACAAUUGAAUACCAAAAUCGACACUCUUACAUACUUCACUGACACGAAGGCAUGAUAUACUAGUUUCCCUUUCAUUUGUGGACUUUCUGAAUUGACCUCAAGUUUCAAGUCUAUGGCGUGGUUCACUUUUUUCUUAAGCUUUGUUUGACCCACUUUCUAAUAGUAGCAUUGUUGGUCCACAUUACUUGAAUUUCUUACAUGAAAAAUCAAUCCAGGUUGGAAUAUAAUAUCUCUCUCGCUAGCCAGAACCACACACUUAGAAAGGGAGGAAGAAACAAAGCAUUACUUGAAUUUCUUACAUGAAAAAUCAAUCCAGAUUGGAAUAUAAUAUCUCUCUCGCAAACUAAAACCACACACUUAGAAAGGGAGGAAGAAACAAAGCAUGGAGCAAUUCAAAGGCCUGACAAGGUUGCCCAAGUUUGCCAUCCCACAACGUUAUGAUCUCCAUUUGAAACUUGAUCUCUCUGCAUGCACGUUCUCUGGCACCGAACUGAUCGACUUGAACAUCAUUCAAGUCACUAAGUUUCUUGUCUUGAACGCUCUUGAACUCCAUGUUCAUAAAGUUUGGUUUACCAACUCGCACAACCAGUUUCUACCAACUGAACUUGUUUUGGAUGGGGAUGAUGAAAUUCUUGUGUUGGCGUUUGAUGAAGCGCUUAGUGUUGGUGAUGGGGUUCUGGGGAUUGAGUUUUCUGGGGCCCUUAAUGAAUAUUUGAGGGGAUUAUAUAGAUGUACUUUUAUGGAUGGAGGAGAGAAGAAAAAUAUGGCAGUGACUCAAUUUGAAGCUGUAGAUGCAAGGCGAUGCUUUCCAUGCUGGGAUGAACCUGCUCUCAAGGCCACCUUCAAGAUAACACUUGAUGUACCAUCAGAGCUUGUGGCAUUAUCCAACAUGCCAGUUAUUAAUGAAAAACAUGAUGGAAACAUAAAGACUGUAUAUUUCGAGGAGACUCCUAUCAUGUCAACUUAUCUGGUUGGCAUUGUGGUUGGUCGUUUCGAUUAUAUUGAAGAUACAGCAGCUGAUGGGGUUAAGGUUCGGGUACAUUGCCCUGUUGGAAAGAGUGAUAAAGGGGAGUUUGCUUUACAUGUUGCUGUUAAGACACUUGAUUAUUUUACGAAGUACUUCUCAAUGCCUUACUCACUUCCCAAACUUGAUAUGGUUGGGGUUCCUGAAUUUUCUGCUGGAGCUAUGGAGAAUUAUGGUUUGAUCACAUACCGUGAAAAUGAACUGCUUUACGAUCAUUUACAUUCCCCAGUGUCUAGAAAACAAAGACUUGUAACUGUUGUAGCACAUGAAGUAGCUCAUCAAUGGUUUGGCAACCUGGUAACUAUGGAAUGGUGGACUCACCUAUGGCUCAACGAGGGUUUUGCAACAUGGAUAAGUUAUAUGGCAACUGACAUAUUGUUUCCCGAGUGGAAAAUAUGGACAAAAUAUCUUGGAUAUUCAACUGAAGGGCUAAGUAUGGAUGCACUAGAAAUAUCACACCCAAUUGAGGUAGAGAUAGAUCAUGCUCGUUCAGUUGUUGAAAUCUUUGAUGCUAUCAGCUAUGAAAAAGGAUCUGCUGUUAUUAGAAUGCUGCAAAGUUAUCUUGGAGACGAAAUAUUUCAGAAAUCUUUAAGUUCAUACAUAAAAAGACAUGCUGAAAAAAAUACGAAAACAGAAGAUUUAUGGAGCAUUCUUUCGGAGGAAUCUGGUGUCGAUGUUAGCUCAAUGAUGGAUGUUUGGACAAAGAAAAAAGGAUACCCUGUUAUUUCUGUUAAAAUCAAUGAUAAUAUUUUGGAAUUUGAGCAGUCACAGUUUCAAUUAUCCGGGGAAAAUGGUGAUGGACAAUGGAUUGUUCCAAUAACCAUGUCUGUUGGUUCAUACCACAGAAGCAAGAAUUUCCUUCUUGAAACGAAGUUAGGAAAAGUGGAUAUAUCUGAUCUAAUUCCUUCUCAUCCUGGCAAUUCAAGCCCAUUUAAUGAAAAGAACAAAGAAAACUUUGCUGAUCAAUUAUGGAUCAAAGUUAAUAUUGAGCAAAGUGGUUUCUAUAGAGUAAAUUAUGAAAAUGAGCUUAAUUUUCGUUUGAGGAAUGCAAUAGAGAACAACCUCUUGUCAGCAUCAGAUAAAUUUGGCAUUUUGGAUGAUGCAUAUGCUCUUUGUCUGGCUUGCAAACAACCACUGUCAGCAUUAGUUUCCUUGAUGAACGUAUACAGAAAGGAGAUGGAUUAUGUCGUUUUAUCAAGACUGAUUGAGAUUUGUUACGAUAUUAUGGCGGUCUCAAGCGAUGCCAUCCCAGAUUCAGCAAAUGAGCUGAAUCAAUUUUUUAUCAAUCUUCUCCUGUUUCCAGCACGAAAAUUAGGGUGGGAAUCAGUACCUGGAGAGAGCAACUUAAAUGCACUUUUGAGGGGAGAAGUGUUGAGGGCCUUGGCUACUUUCGACCAUGAUAAAACUCAUGAAGAGGCAUUAUACCGAUUUCAGUCAUUGUUGAAUGACAAGAAUACACCACUUGUAUCAGCUGACACAAGCAGGGCUCUUUAUAUUGCAAUUAUGAGGAAUUCUAGCACCUCAAAUAGGAAAGGGUAUGAAUCCCUAUUAAAAAUUUAUAGAGAAAGCGAUUCAGUGCAAGUGAAGGAAGGAAUUCUGCGUUGUCUGGCAACUUCUCCAGACCCGGAUAUAGUGGUAGAGGUUUUGAACUUCCUUUUAUCAGAUGAGGUCCGCUUUCAGGAUAUUAAUUAUGGACUUGCCGGGUUAAAUGAGGAAUGCUGUGAAGUAGCAUGGAAGUGGAUGAAGGAGAACUGGGACCUGAUCUUGGCCAAAUAUGGUGUUGAAAUGCUACUCGCCAAUUUCAUCAAUUGCAUAGUAGCUCUGUUUUGCAGCAAUGAAAAGGCUGAUGAGGUAGAAGCAUUUUUUGAAAGCCGCACAUAUCCUUCAAUUGCUAGAACUUUGAAACGAGCCCUUGAACGAAUCCGAAUCAAAGCAAGGUGGGUUGAAAACAUAAAGCAAGACCAAUCUCUUCAUCAGCUUCUCUGCCAAUUAGCAACCACAAAAUCGUAGCUGCUUACUAUGAUUUUUGACGUUUGAAUAUGUUACUUGUAAUAAUUUGUGUAAUAAUAACUUCUGAACAUUGCUUUUCUAAAUUCAACCUUGUGUUACCAUAAACCGGUCCCAGCCCUGUAAUCCUUGUAUUUACUCGGUGAUAGACAUAAUUCUGUUUACUUCUAAGUUUAGUUAAAAGAAUAAAAAAAAAAAAAUUGGAACUAUAUAAUAAAUACCCACCUAAAUUUUCGUUUGUCCAUUA